UUCGCGUUAAACACCGACUUUUAUCUUAUUCCAUCUUUCCUCUUCUCAUACAUAAACACCUCACUCAAUAAUUCCAAACUUCGCGCAAUCGCAUUAGGAAUUCCUGAGGAAACUCAAAAGCUAAAUCAUAUUCCUUACCUAUCUAGGUAAAUUGAUAGCUUGAUUGCUUCAUUUCACAUCAUCGACAAGACGCAUCAUGGCGGGUUAUAACCCGCCGGGUGGUGGCACCGACCCGAAUGGUUUGCAUGCGAUGCUCGCUCGCUUGCAAGCUCAGCGCAAUGGUGAUAACAAUGAUGACUCUGCGCCUGCUAAUGAUAUUCUGUCCCGAUUCAACUCCUACAACCAGGGCGCUAAUCCUCAAGAUUAUUAUGGCCAUUCCGGUGCGGAAUCCCCUCUUACUGGCAUAGACGACUUUCUGCCUGCUGCCCCCACGCCACCCAGUAACAACUUUAGCCACUCCCACCAUCCGACUGGACCGAUGGGACUAGGUCCGAUUGGCACGAUGCCUUCGAACCCUACGGGAAAGGUUGAUCAGAGCGCGAACCUGUUGAAUCUUCUCAAGUUCAGUGGUCAGAACAGUGGGCCUCACGCACAGCAGGUUCCGUCGCACACCUCACCUCCUGGACAUGCCCAUACCCAGACACAUACCCAGGCACCUGGUGUGUUUGAAGGGCUUCCUAACUUAUCCCAACCGCACAAUCAACCCCCCAUCCACGCCCCCGUACCUAUGCCAGCUGAUCCUCAAGGCCUUCUAGCAACCCUUAUGAAGGGAAAUUUGCAGAAUGAGUCUGCUCGUGCUGAGCCUCAAGCCCCCGCCCAGGCACCCGCUCAAUUACAUGCUCAGCCAAAUUGGAAUGCGGGCCCGCCUCCCACGGAUACUCAGGCGUAUCUUCUCAACUUACUUCAUCGACCGAAGCCUUCGCAGACCGACCAGAACUCUCCCAAUGAGCCAUCUCACCCUUCUACCCUGACCCCUCAGUCAGCCAACGGCUCAUCGACAGAGCACCACAUGAAAGAAUAUAUGCCGCUGAAGCCGACAGUGGCGGAUAAUGGCUCCCAUGAGGCAACACCUAUGCCUUUCCGUUUUGGAUCGAAGGAGCAUGUUGACUCCCCUCCGACGAAGUUUGAGUACAAUUCGCCAUCGUCUCAGCAUUCUCAAUAUGAUGGGGGCCGCAAACACUCCAAAUUUGAUUACGCCAAUCCGCUUGAAGCAUUUGGAGUUUCUUCUCCCCAGGACGCCGCGUCCAAGUCGUCGACUCCGGGCGCCUCGGCUUACAUUGGCCAAGUCCCGACUGAAUUGCCCGCUUCGUCGACUUUUCGAGUAGCUAAGAAGACCCCUAGUGUUGCGUCUUCUUCUGGACUCGGUCAGGAUCAUAAGCGGCUAAGCAGCCAACGUAGUCCGAUCAUGAGCCCCGAGCAUAUCAGGCGAAAGCUUGACGAUGCUGCUUCUCCUCAUUCCAUUACAGAGCAUCCAAUUGCGUCUGGAAUUAUUCCAAACUUUGCCCCCGGAGAAGAGAAAAGCACAGAAACCGUGGCAGACGCGAUCACUGUCCUUGCUGGACAAGCGGACAAAGAAGCCCAAGAAGCAUUACAAAGGGCCGAAGAUGAAGAAGUACGAGCUAAGAUUAAUGCCGAACUCGAUCACAUGAUGAGAGCCAAGACUGACGCUGAAUUCCAGGAUUCGGCUGAGGCUGCGGCGCGUGACAUCCGCGCAGAGCUCGAAAAGGAAGAGAAUGCUCACGUUCUCGAAGAGACAUAUUCACCUGGAGUUGCACAGGCAAUUCGCGAUAUUGUUGACGAUGUAGCACAUGGCCCUGUUGCAGAUAGCUGGGAGAGUGCCGAAGCUGACGAGAUAGUCGUUAUCGAGGAGAUCCCGAACCCGGUGAAGGUGUAUAAUUUCCCUAUGAAGCCAUGGAUCUCGAUCACCAUGCUGGAUACCGAUAGUCCUCGCCCUCAAUUCCGCGACGAGGUAAUUCUCGACAUUGCCCGCCUCAAGAAGGAGUUCGAUCAGAUUGAUCGUAAUCUCGUCACUGCGACUGAAUCGUACAUGGUUUACGGCAUGUCUAAGGCUGGUGGGCUUCGUGUAAUACGACAGGAUGACGGUAAGGACGCCAAACUGUUCACUGACACCAAGGACCGCAUUUUCAACGUCGCAAUGUCAUCUACAUCACCUGAUCUCCAAAUCACACCAAAAGAGAGCAUUAUCGGCACUGGCAUCAGUGGUACCGUAUAUUACAUUCAGAUUAAGAAUGGUGAGAAAGAUCAUUUGGAAGAUGCUCACCCGGAACAGUACGGGUUCAUUCUUCCCCCACUAGUGAUCUCUCACGAAGGUGGCGGCGACAAUGGAGGCGUUUUGAAGACUCGAGCUAGAACCUCUUCUACCCAUCCAGAGUUUUUCGCUGUCGGUCGCGGGAAAACCAUCAACAUAAUAUGGCCAUCGUACAUUAUGCAGAACGGUAUUUUCAAGUCUGGCCAUGACCGCGUUGUUGAUACCCAGAGACUAUAUAAGGAAUGUUCUCUUAGAAUCAGUACGGGCAAAGCUGGCAAGGAUUUUACCUUUAGCCAGGAUGAUACUACUAUUGUCUCUCUCGACAAGUCUGGUCGUGUUAAGUUUUGGGACGUACGAGAUUUGACAGCGGCCGAUGAGAAUUCGGAUCCUUGGUCACCUCUCCCUGCCCACACGUCGCUUGAGGUGAAAGAACCACUGAUGACGCUGAACACAACGCCCGAAGGAGAGAAAGCGUGGCCAACCUCUGUGUUAUUGCUGGAUAAGCAACGGCCUUACCAGAAGGGAUGGGCUCUACGUUACAUGAUAGUGGGCAUGAAGCAGAAUCAUACUCUUCAGCUGUGGGAUCUUGCUCUAGGCAAGCCGGUUCAGGAAUUCAAUCUACCGCAUAUGAAAGAGUCAGAUCCGGUGUGUAGCGUUAUGUACCACCCGCCUUCUGGUAUGAUUGUGGUUGGCCACCCUAUGCGCAAUUCCAUCUACUUCUUGCACCUGUCAGCACCCAAAUACACCAUCAAGGGUUUAUCUCAAGUUGAUUACAUCCAGAAGUUAGUGGCUAAGGACUCGUCAAUUCCGGAACCGGACUCAACCGCCGUCAUUAGUGGUGUACGCGAAUACUCAUUCGCCAAUAAGGGCAUGCUUCGGAGUUUGGAUAUACUGGUGAACCCUGCCACUGCUUCCGACUCUGAAGAACCGAGUCUAUUUGAAUUGUAUGCUAUGCAUUCCAAGGGCGUGACCGGGAUCGUUAUCAAGCAGAGCGAGCUUGGCUGGUCUAAGGAUAAUAAGGUUAUCGAUGGUGCUGACGCUUCUGAGGUGGGUCUGGUUAAGAUCGCGAAGCUAAAGGAGCUACCCAGUCCUUUAGUCACCGAACCCCAGUCUGUCGACGAGCAUGCACCGCUACCACUUCGGGUUCGAUCCGUUAAAGAGACGCCUCCUCCAGCAUCGUCCUCUAUCUCGUCCAACACAUUAAUCCCGCAGAAAGGUGAUGAGAAUGCGCCUGUGGGCCAACAUGAACGCAAGGAAACUGUCGCUCCCAGUGCGCCGAUCAGCCAAUUGGACAAGACGGAGAAGAAGGCCAGAAAGAAGCGUGAGAAAGCUGCUGCGGCUGCCGCAGCAGCAGCUGAGAAGCUUGGCACCGACAAUGUGCAAUCAAAUGGCACUUCGCCGCCCACCUCUACAAAGCAUAAUGACACGAAGUCCGGAUCAUCCUCGCAGCAGAUAAUGUCUCACGAGUCUAUCCAGUCUACUGUUAAGCAGAUCGUCUCCUCCCUUGGAGAUAAGUUAACCGGAGUUAUCACUGGCGAGUUCAAAGACCAUCGAGAUAAUGUCGACGUCGAAUUCCGUGCUCGCGACGAGACAUUUGUCAAGAACCAACAAAUCUUGCUAGAGAAGGUGUCCAAUGUGCUCAACGCCAACGUCCAAGCUGUCCUCACCAAAACAAUCAAUGACCAAUUUGAGAGCAGUGUAGUUCCAGUUCUAAGCGGUCUCAUCACGAAAACCAUCUCGGAGCAGAUUGAUGGUAAGAUGGUUGGCCGGGUCUCGCAUUCUAUCCAGAAUCAGAUGCAAAAGCUUAUCCCCAAUGCCGUCAAUCAGGCUCUACAGAAACCUGAAAUUACUAAGUCCAUCUCCGACAAAGUAGCAAGCAAUGUAGCACAUGACAUCGAGAAAAGUGUUCGCCAAACACUCAUCAACAACAUUACUCCACUAAUCAACGACACGGCAGUGAACGUUUCGCGCUCCGUUGUGCAAGAGGUGCAGGAUCGUACCGCUAGCCAGAUUGCGGAAAUGGAGCAGCGACGUAUCGCUGAUGGCAAUAAGAUUGACCAGCUCACAGCAUUAGUGACUAGCCUUUCUGACACAGUUACCGCUAUGGCUACUACCCAGGCCCAAUUCCAGGACGGACUGCUUAAGUUGCAACAUCAUACCUCUCGUGAUCGCGGUUCUGCUGCACAAUCUACGCAUUCCGCACACUCUCAGCCGCCAGCUCAGUCUCACCAUCCCUCGUCCAUACAGUCACAGUCCUUCUUGUACGGAAGCCCGACGGGAAGCUCAGGCGCUCACCAACUAGUUCCAUUCCAAUCGAACAACUCGAACAUCAGAGAACAGGCUGUUGUUCGUGACCCGCAGCUUCAGCAUAUGAUUGCUAGUGUCGCAUCAUACAUUGAGCGAGGCGAGUAUGAGACUGGUCUGGUUCGAUGGAUUCAGCAAGGCCGCCAAGCUGAAGUCUUUGACGAGUACCUACACAAGUUAGACCCUCAGUUCCUCCAGGAUGUACCUACUCUAGUUUCGCUCUCGGUGGGAUCCGUCGUUAUCGAUACCCUUGACCCUCAUCUCGUUAGAGAAAAGCUGAACUGGUUGGAGACGGUACUCCACAUUCUAAUCGCCCAGUUGCCACGCAUUGUUAGUUUCAUACCUCACCCGAUGAAUGACUUAUUUAACCAAGUUUCUCCACAGGACUCCCAAGUUCGCGAUGUUGUCCCGAACCUCAUGACUUCGUACCUCGACCGCUUUGAGAAGCUCUACAUCCAAGUCGCUGGCCGAUCGUCAAACGACCCUAUCAUCGCACGUCUCUCUACGAUGACCAGCAUGGCAAGCCAGAUCAAGGAGGCUGUGCAUCGCCCCAACUAUUAAUUCGAUUGUGCAUCACGAUCAUUUGGCGUCGAUGGCUUAUGGGGAAUGAGUGAUGUUCUAUUCACGAUUUCUGGGUUGCCCAGGUAGUCCUUAAUUGGUACGUCCCUACAUGAUUUAAACGCGACCCAUACUCACGUUCUCAUCCUAACAUAUC